AUGGAUUCUCUUCAAUCAUCAUCGAACAUCAUCGCCACCAAUCCUAUAACAUUCCAAAAUCAAAAAAUAUAUUUCUCAUAUUCCAAGAGUCAACACUUGCAUAGUUCAAAAAAGGGAUCAGGAGCUCAGACACCAACAUCCCCAUCGAAUAUCCUUUUAUGUUCAAUUCUUACACCAAUCUUUCCCAUUUCAACAUCCACUCUUUAUACCAUCAUGUCACCAUAUGGACGUGUUUUGCGUAUUGUCAUUUUCCAAAAGAAAGGUUUACAAGCUUUUGUAGAAUUUGAAUCACCAUAUUCUGCAUGGGUAGCAAAGGAAGCAUUAAAUGGACAAGAUAUUUAUACUGGAAGUUGUACCUUGCAAAUAGAUUAUGCUAGAGUUGCAACCUUGAAUGUAAAGCAAAAUGAUGAUAAAACCUAUGACUAUACAUCAGAGCAUCCAGGAUUUUCACUGCCAAGUUACAGUCCAUUCCCCCAACCAGGUGCUCCAGGCGUUCAUCCAGCACAACUGGAUCCAACCUAUGCCAAGCCAGCUGGCCCAUACAUGAUGAUGGGUCAACAGGCAGCCACCACAAUGGGUAUCCCUCCCUAUGGAAUGUAUUCUGCCGCUCCAGGUGCCAUGGGCAUUGAGCCACCUUCACAAACAGUAAUUAUGGUUCAUAGACUUGCAGACAGUGUCACAUCGGACCAAUUGUUCAACCUCUUUUGUCUCUAUGGUAACGUCAUCAAAAUUAAAAUGCUUCAAGGUGCCAAAUCAGGAGCCAUGGUUCAAAUGGGCGAUGGAAUUCAAGCCGAUACUGCCAUUCAUUGUUUAAAUGGUGCUAGUAUUUUUGGUCAAAGACUUUCUGUUUUCCAUUCAAAGCAUCCUGCUAUUUCAGAAUCUGAUAAAACUAAAGAUUUUACUGAUUCACCAUUAAACAGAUUUACAAAAGGAGGACUUGGAUCUUAUAAAAAUAUUUAUAAACCAUCAGCUACACUUUACUUUAUAAAUGUUCCAACCUCUUUUACAGAAAAAGAUUUAACUCAUUUGUUUAUUAAUACUGGUACACAUGCACCAAAUACCAUUAAAUUCUUCCCACCAUCUGGACCAAAAUUAAUGGGUUUGAUAGAGUUUUCAGAUGUAAAAUGGGCAACUGAAGCAUUGAUGAUUCUUUACCAUAUCACCAAACAACAACAACAACAACAACAACAACAACAACAAUCACCCGGUGUAUAA